AAGAAAUCUUUAAUAAAACUAGUUCACACACGCACUGACGCACAGCAGCAGCAAUAGCAAACCUUUCGAGGCAUGCAUCGGGACGGCGGCGCGCGUCAGUCCUGAUGAUUCAGAACAGCUGUCUGAAUGCGAUCUCUACCCGUAACGACAGGCCACGCUUCAACUCGCAUUUUUUAUCUGCAAGCACGACAUGCUCACGCCCUUCGUUUGGGAGGAGCACUGAGGAAAUCGAAGGAAUGUGCAAAAGACACGAGCUUUGUCAACCACCAGAGAAAGCCCCAAGAACUCGUCCCCAUUUUUCCACGCCACCACCGGCCUAACUUUGACCCCGGUGCCGGCAUGGAGGGCUACGCUUUUGCAUGCAUGCAGCUGCCAACGGCGCUAUAAAUACUCUACUCGUGUCUGUCCCAGUUAAGCAAGCAAGCAAGCUACUGAUCGAGCUAGCAGCUGGCUAGUCUUCUAGUGGUCCCUGGAUCUCGUGAUUGGUUGGGAAGAAAUCGCCUGAUCAUCAGUUGCCUAUUACUAGCUGCUAUAGAUCUCUGGCCAUGGCGGCUUCGUUCCGGACAUGGCAUUGCUUGAUGCUCGCCUUGCUCGUGCUCGCUCCGGCGGCGCACGGGCAGCUCUCGCCGUCGUUCUACGCGAGGAGCUGCCCGACGCUGGGGCUCAUCGUGCGCGCCACCAUGAUCAGGGCCCUCCUCGCCGAGCGCCGGAUGGGCGCCUCCCUCAUCAGGCUCUUCUUCCACGACUGCUUCGUCCAGGGCUGCGACGGCUCGAUUCUUCUUGACGACGUGGGCAGCUUCGUCGGCGAGAAGGGCGCUGGCCCCAACGUCAACUCCGUCCGCGGCUACGAGGUCAUCGACCAGAUCAAGGCCAGCGUCGAGGCCAUCUGCCCCGGCGUCGUCUCCUGCGCCGACAUCGUCGCCCUCGCCGCCCGCGACAGCACCUUCCUGCUCGGAGGGCCGACAUGGACGGUGCCGCUCGGCCGGCGCGACUCGACGACGGCGAGCCAGAGCAUGGCGAACACCGACCUCCCGUCGCCGGCCUCCGACCUCGCCACCCUCAUCUCGGCGUUCGGCAACAAGGGCCUGGGCCCGCGGGACCUCACGGCGCUCUCCGGCGCGCACACCAUCGGCUUCUCGCAGUGCCAGAACUUCCGCGACCGCAUCUACAACGACACCAACAUCGACGCGGCGUUCGCGGCGCUGCGCCGCCGCACCUGCCCCGCCGCGCAGGGCUCCGGCGACGCCAACCUGGCGCCGCUCGACGCGCAGACGCAGCUGCUCUUCGACAACGCCUACUACCGCGACCUCGUGGCCCAGCGUGGCCUGCUGCACUCGGACCAGGUCCUCUUCAACGGCGACUCGCAGGACGCGCUGGUGCGGCAGUACAGCGCCAACCCGGCGCUCUUCGCCUCCGACUUCGCCGCCGCCAUGGUGAAGAUGGGGAACAUCAGCCCGCUCACCGGGAGCGCCGGCCAGAUCAGGGCCAACUGCAGGGUGGUCAACAGCAGCUGAUUCGAUUGAUGUUAUGAGGACGUAGAAUUAUUGGAUGUGUAAGAUGCACAAGAACGACACCCGCUCGCUAUAGACACUAUUUGGUACCACACUUUCGGUUGGCUACAAAGGUAACCAGCCGUUGAAAGGGAGAAUAAGAACUUGACAAGUUCAAGUCGUCUGUAAGGCUAAAAAAGUGAGUGAUUAAGCGCUUGGAUCAUUAUAUUACGGAAUACUAGAUAACAAUUCCUCUAACUUAUGCAUCUGCACUGUAUAGUUUCAAUAUUAUUAAGUAUACACAAAUUUAUUUUU